AUGUGGAUUUGGAAUCUAAGUGAGAAUUGUCAUGGCAUGACCACUCCAACCUUAUAAAGGCCUCUCCUUCUCAUCUAAGUGAUAUCGAUUUUUUUUUUCAAAUGGCACAGAUUUUGUUUCCUAGGCCCAUUUUGGUUUCCAAGGCUGGUACUAAAUCCCGAGGAUGGACUUCAACGAAAGCACAUCGAUCUUUGCCUUAUGGAAAUUACUCGCGUGCAAAAACUCUGGCUUGCCUGAACAUGCAAUAUGAUUUUGUUGGCGUAGAGGAAGCGAAAACUCUUCAGGCUUUAACGGUAGGCCAUAGGGAGUCUGAAAUCAAUCCUAUCUAUGAGAAGGCAGACUACGUUCAUUCUAUUUCAACUUUUGCCGAGGUACCCUUGGAUGAAAUGGAUAAGAGAAUAGAGGAGUUGGUUUCCGAGAUCAAAGGAUUCUUUAAUUCAAUGGAAGAUGGGAAAAUAAGUCCGUCUGCAUACGAUACUGCGUGGGUAGCGAGAGUUCCUGCCAUUGAUGACUGCGCUGAACCCCAGUUUCCUCAAAUGUUGGAUUGGAUUCUUCACAAUCAGUUACCGGACGGUUCCUGGGGAGAGAAGCGUCGCUUUUUAGCGUGUGAUAGAUUACUCAAUACUCUUUCCUGCCUAGUUACUCUAGCCUUCUGGGGCGUUGGUAACAAUCAAGUGAACAGAGGUCUUGAUUUCCUUAGGAGAAAUACAGAAGCAAUGAUUAAAGAAGCACAAGGUUAUCAUCGAUCCAAGGGAUUUGAGAUGGUCUUUCCUGCACUGCUAAAUGAAGCCAAAUUUUUGGGUUUGGAUCUUCCUUAUGAGCUAUCUAUCAUAAAGCAAAUAAACGAAAAGCGGGACUUCGAAUUAAAAAGAGCAUCUGUUGAAGAGCUACACAGCCAUCCCUCAACAAUGUUACAGUGUCUGGAAGGCAUACAAGAAGUGGUCGAUUGGAAAAAUAUCCUGAAAUUGCAAUCCAAGGAUGGAUCUUUUUCUGGCUCGCCAGCUUCUACAGCUUGCGUAUUUAUCCAUACAGGAGACAGGGAAUGUCUACAAUUUUUGAUGAGACUUGUUACAAAAUUUGGAGACCAUGUGCCGGGCAUGUAUCCGGUGGAUAUAGCGGAGCGUUUGAGAGCCGUGGAUAGCGUUCAACGUCUUGGGCUCGAUAGGCAUUUCCAAACGGAGAUCAAGCAAGCCAUGGACUAUGCGUUCCAGUACUGGGGCCAAAGAGGCAUUGGAUUUGGAAGGGAGAGCCUGGUUCCAGAUAUUGAUGUCACAGCCACGGGCUUCAAGCUUCUGAGGAUGUUCGGCUACACUGUAUCUUCUGACGUUCUCAAAAACAUUAAAGGCGACAUUGAAGAACUUUGUAAGCUAUCUGGAAAUGGAAACAGCGCAGGAGUAAGCGCUAUAUUGAGCCUGUAUAGAUGUUCACAGCUUAACAUUCCGGGCGAAAAUGUAAUGAGAGAAAUAGGUGCAUUUGCAAAAGAUUACUUGGCCAAAUUUCUGCAAAGCGACAACUUUUCUCAGGCGAAGGCUGUCAAGGAAAACAUUCCCCAAGAGGUUGAAUAUGCUUUGUUUUCUCGAUGGAAUAGAAAUAUGCCAAGGCUGAUGUCUGGAAAUCAUAUAACAGUGUUUAAUACCAAUGACUUGUGUCUGGGGAAGACAUUAUAUGAACUGCCAAAUGCGAGCAACGGCAAGUAUUUAGAAUUGGCAAAACUCGACUUUAACCGCAUUCAGGCCACACACAGAUCCGAAAUACAACAUAUAAAAAGAUGGUACAAGGAUUGCUAUUUCCCGCAGUUGGAUUUUAUUCGUCACAGAGAAGUGACAAUUUACUGGGCCUCUUCGGUGGUGAUGUUUGAACAAAAAUACACCGAUUGUAGACUCGAUUAUACAAAAGCCGGAAUUCUGACUGCUAUCUCAGACGACCUCUAUGAUAAUUAUGCAACUCUAGAACAAGCCGAACUCUUCUACGAAGUUUUCGAAAGAUGGGAUCCAUUGCAAAUCGACCAUCUGCCAGAGGAAAUGAAAAUAGUUUUCAUGGGCCUCUAUACCACUUUGACCGAUAUAUCUCAACGGGCGCGGGAGGUUCAAGGACGUGAUGUGCUUCCUUACCUCCACCAACAGUGGUUGCAUUAUUAUUCCUGUUUAAUAAAAGAAAGAGAGUGGAUGGAAAGAAGUUAUUCGCCAUCAUUAGAUCAAUAUUGGGAGAAUGCCGUAGUGACGGUGGCACUGGGAGUAAAUAUCCUGACAGCAAUAUUUUCUACGGGAGAACUUCUUCCUGAUCACAUUCUGGAGAAGCUUGACUUUCGAGACGACUUUCUCAAUCUUGUAAGUCUGACAGGGCGUCUUGUAAACGACCUUAGAACUUUCAAGAGGGAAAGAGAUUGCGGGGAAGUGGCUUCAUUUGUAGAAUGUUACAUGAAUGAGCACCCUGGAUGCACGGAAGACGAGGCCAUGGAGUAUAUGGACGGACUGAACGAAGACGCCCUCUCUAAAUUGAACGACCACUUUUUAAUGCGUGCAGAUAUUCCCAAGAGUUAUAGAACACUUCUUUUCAACACGGCCAGGAUAAUGCAAGUUGUUUACGGGAAGGAAGACGGCUUUGUAAAUGCCCGCACCUAUCUAGCAGAAUUCAUUAAAAAGUCUCUGUACGGACCAGUCCUGUAGUACAUUUAAGUUAUGGGGUCUUGAAAUUUCCGUUGCACUGCAAAUUAAAAUAAGAUGUACAUUUAAAUAAUAAGAAUUGUUGUCAUUUUAAAAAAAUAUUAUUUUUAUAUGUAAAAC